UAACUCUUUAAUCAAUGGCCACUAAAGAGCAUAAACAUUUGGCAAAUAUAAUUAAAGAAGUCCACGCAUCUCUUAGAAAAUCAUCUCUGGAAGUAGGCGCCGAAAACGCAUGGCGUGAACAUUGUAAAAAUAAGAAUAUACUUAGUAAAUAUGCGGAGUCUAUGCAGAAAUUAGCUACAACUCAUUGGGAAGAAAAUUGUGCAAGUGAACACAGUGAAGCAACAUCAAGGAUUAAGUGUACGGCAGACUUGGCUCAUUCUUACUUUAUGCAAAAACAAUACCUUUCGCAUCGAUUUAAAGAAUGUGAAAUAGCUGUGAAAAUGAAUACUGAAAUCACUAUGGAAGAGAAUUUCUCUGAGCCCCUAAAACUAAUUGAUGUAGGCAGCUGCUACAACCCAUUUAAGAAGUAUACAUUUUUUGAUGUUUUGGCUGUGGAUUUAUGUCCAGCAAAUACAUCUGUCUAUGAAUGCGACUUCUUAGAUGUGGCAUGUGGUGCUUCUUUAAAGCAAACAUCAAAUAAAAUUCAACAGCUACCAUCACAUCAUUUUGAUAUUGUAACAUUUUGUUUUCUUCUAGAAUAUAUCCCUAGUUCUCCUCUUAGAAUUAAGGCCUGUCUAAAGGCCUAUGAUAUUUUAAAACCAGGUGGAAUACUGGUCAUUAACACUCCAGAUUCAAAACAUGUUGGUGCAAAUGGCAAACAGAUGAAGAAUUGGCGAUAUACAUUAGCAUGUAUUGGGUUCUCCAGAAUUAAGUAUGAAAAAUUUAAGCAUAUGCAUUGCAUGGCAUUCAGAAAAAGUCUAAGUAAAGAAGUGGCUGUUCGCUGGGCAACUGUUCACAAAGAUGCUAACAUGGAAUUUACCCUGCACAUACCUCAAGAUUUUACUAAAAUACAAGAGAAUCAAUCACACCCAGAAAAUUUACACUGGAAAACAACUGUGGCUGCUGAAGACUUCAAUGAAUUACCAUUUAAGGACCUUGAAUGAUAAAAUUAUUUAGAAAUAAUAAAGGGCAAUACUGCAAAA